AGGGUCCAUACCUGCCCAAGAUAUGAGUUUUGCACUGGGUCCUCUUUCUCCAGUUCAAAGCCCCCAGCUGGAUAUUCUUUCAGGGCUUAAAGAAGUCACAGAGGUUUCAAACUUGCGUAGCCCUUACAGCUCACCCCCCUCACACAGCCCCAGAACCUUUCAGUCUUUAGAAGAUGGUGAAGGAUGUACCAGAGAUAGUGUAGGUUCAAUCUUACAGAGGAUUGCCUCCUUCUCUCAGCAUAUUGUAACUGAGACCAGCCCAGCAUGUGAGGCCCAGCCCCCUACAGUCCAAAGCAAUGGUGGUUUGCUAUCCCAAGUUGGGCAUCCUGCUGAGACCACACCCAAACAUACCUCUCAAUGGGCAAGGAAGAACCAGGAAGAAGCAGCUGGAGAACUGAAGACAGACUUGUUCAACCUAAUGGAGGAGAGACAGAAGAAGGAGAGAGGCAUUAUGAGCCCAGAACAAGGCGGGGAGGACAAGAACCAAGGACAAGCAGCGGGCAUGAGUACCCCAGAGUCCAUGACAGAAAGAGAGGAAAACUGUGCGGGGAUUUGUACAGAGUUGGAUAAGAAGGAGAAGGAGAAGGGAAUGGAGGAAGAAGAGAUGAAAAAAGAAAGUGAGCUGGAGGCAAAGGUAAAGUUGGAGCUCUGCCAGUCCGUCCAAGGCCUGCAGAUGAGCUUUAUCAAGGGCAGUGACCUGUUUGGCUAUGUGGGCAUAGAAGCAGUACUGGACCAGAUGAGGAGAAAGACCAUGAAAGCAGGCUUUGAGUUCAACAUCAUGGUAGUUGGUCAGAGUGGUUUGGGGAAAUCCACGCUGGUCAACACUUUAUUCAAGUCAAAAGUCAGCCGCAAGUCCUGCACACCCUUCUUUGAAGAGACGAUCUCCAAAACAGUCAAACUGCAUUCAGUCAGCCAUGUAAUUGAGGAGAAGGGAGUGAAAAUGAAGUUGACUGUGAUCGACACUCCAGGAUUUGGAGACAAUAUCAACAAUGAAAACUGUUUGGAGCCCAUUGUGAAGUAUGUCAAUGACCAGUAUGAAAAAUACCUGAUAGAGGAGCUUAACGUAAACCGUAAAAGGAGAAUACCAGACAGCAGAGUCCACUGCUGUAUCUAUUUCCUCCCUGCAACUGGACACAGGUUGCGCCCCAUCGACAUUGAAUUCAUGAAGAUGGGGAACAUAGUGAGCAUUGUACCAGUCAUCGCCAAAGCAGACACACUCACCAUUGAUGAGAGACAGGACUUCAAAGAGAGGGCAAGACUUGACAGCCAUGGGAUUUGUGUAUACCCCUUGAAAGAGUAUGAUGAGGAUCCAGAGGAACGUGUCCUCAACGACAGGAUAAGGGAUAGCAUUCCAUUUGCUGUGGUUGGAACAGACAAGGAGCAUCAGGUGAACGGUAACAAGGUGUUGGGCCGUAAAACAAGUGGGGGAAUAAUCGAAGUUGAAAAUGGCCACUGUGAGUUUGCCAACCUGAGAGAUCUACUUAUCAGGUCUCACCUACAGGACCUGAAAGAUGUGACACACAAUAUACACUAUGAGACCUAUCGUGUGCAACGGCUGAACCAGAGCAACAUGAACUUCAGUGACAGGGACUAUCCGCCUGGCUGCUGGAGAAUGGAACUGGGGAAAAAUAUGAAUCAGACAGCCACCUCUGAUUUCCCCGUCAGUCACUUUCAUGCACUGAACAGAGAGUUGCUGAUGUUUCUCUUCCAUUUAAAAAUUAUUUGCGAAAAAGAAACCUUUCUUUACAUGUAAACAAUUUAUGUAGAGAUUGUCUUUGAAAAUGGCUUUUCUUGUUUUUUUAAUGGGAUAAACUGGUUUAUUUUUCUUUCAGUGAAAAGAUAUGUAUGAGAUUUUACAGCAAGAUGUAAGAAAUGCAUUUAAGGUUAUAUUUUUGAAUUCAGUUCAUUCAUAAUUACUGAAAGGAGGGGAAUGAGCACAAUAUGGCGCAAUAAGAAGAUGCAUAAAUAUAUGUCAUUGAACUGUAUCAAAGCCUUUUGGUGUUUGCUAUAUAAUUGGUACACUAUAUGGGCAAGAUUAUGUGGACAAAUCAGGCCUGUCAUCUAACACCAGCAGUAGACCCUAAUAUCUUCUCGUAACAGAACAGAAGCAAGAGAAACUGUUAUAAUUUAGAUUAAUGCCCAAAGUGAUCACAAUACUUUUCAGCUAUACAGGGUGGAAUGUAUGGGUACCUUUCUUCUAUAUACUGUGCUUUAUAUGGAUGUCCACUGUCUACUUAUGUAGUGUAUCAUUCUGGUUCAUGCCAAAAGGGCAUCUGAUUCUUAUUCUGGUGACAUACAAUUUUAAGCAGGAUACCUUCCUGUUACUUUUACUUGGGAGUAGUUUAUGAAUUAAUAUGCCAUUCAGAGCAGCACAGAAUACCAAGCAGCAAACAGCAAGCUACCAGAACAUGAAGUAGAGAUGGUAUGCAGGACUGGUUUAUGUUGCUACUUGUCGAAAUUCUGCCUUUGUUUUUUGCAAGUAAAACUUGAUGUUGGGAAUAUGAACUAAAUUCUAGAACUGUUUGAAUAGUUACUAUUCAGUCAGCUUUCCAUUUAUAUUCAGUUAAAAUGUUGGUGUUUUAACAGAUUCUGGCACACUCAAUUAUUACCACCAAGCAGAUUUUUAAUUACACAUUAAGGUGAUAUAAAUAAAUAAAUAAAAGCCCAUUUGUUUAUUUUCUCAAUCUAUACUUAGUAACGUACUACAAUCAAAAAUUUGUUAUGGAGUGCUUGACACCUGACACGGAUUGUAUAAAACUAGUCAUUAACAUUAGUUUUGCAAUCAAUGCUAAACUGAUGUGGAAGUACAUGCCAAUCAAUCAAUCAAUCUUAUUUGUAUAGCGCCAAAUCACAACAAACGUUAUCUCAAGACACUUUUACAAACAUAGCAGGUCUAGACCAUACUCUAUGUUAAAUUAUUAACAAAGACCCAGCAUCAAGACAGGAUAUGAUCCAGUCCCCUCUUACUGACAGGACUCGAUCUUCACUCAUCUCAAUCCACCAUGAGCAUUGAACCUCGCAGUAUUUAGCUAGUUACAGCGGCAAGGAAAAACUUAAUUUUAACAGGCAGAAACCUCGAGCAGAACCAGACUCAUGUUAGACAGCCAUCUGCUUUGACAGAGUUGCCACAUCUUGCUUAGUACUCUAAUCAAUGGAUAAAAUGAGCCGAGAUGCUCUAUGUAAUGAGAAGCUUGAGGAAGGAGAUGAACAUCUAGUCUCAGUGACACAAGCAAUUUGCUGAUGAUUUGGUCAGUCAGUGACUCUGCAAGUCAUUGCAAGUCCAGUCUCAUUUUAAAUUUCACUGUGCUAAAUACAGCAGUUAUUAUAUCAGAAAUACAGCCUUUGGGCAUCAGUCGCCUUGGGUGGGCUUUUUAAAUUUUAUUUUGUUUGUUAGUUUUUUUGUGUAAUACCAAAAGAAAAAAAAGAAACAUUGUUGUAUCCCAGUUAAUUUCAACUAUAUUUUGGGUGGAUUUUGAGAUAAGCAGAUUCCAUUUCUUCAUUUAAACUUCAGAGUCAACACAAAUGUUGACCAGGGGAAGUGAUCAGAGCCAUUAUUCCUAUUUGUAUUGCUGAUCAUGUCUUUUCUGCCUCUGAAAUGAUGUGCUUUUCAACCUAUCUUAGAGUGUGGCCAUUUACAAUAGGAAUAGAUACUCGUGAUUUGAUGUAAUCAAUCAAGUCUUCCAAGUAUUUGUCUCUUCACCAGAGCCCCUCUCCUCAGUUGCAUGUUAACGUAAAAUGUUGCUGUAUUGUCUCUGAAAUCAAUCAGUGAUGUCUUGUGUCCUGACACAUCAUUGCAAACAACAUGGUGAAAAGUCAAUCCACUGGAGGUCAGCAUAAACAAGGGUCACUGUUGUUAAGUUGUUGUUUUAGGAUUUUACAAACAACAAAAAGGGCCAACUAUGGAUAUGUACAAGAGGGAUUGACAAAGGGAUUGACAAAGCAUGCAGUGUAGCAUGCUAUAUAGAAGUAUAAGUGAGGCUUUCAGCUGAGGUGUAUCUCUUAAAUAUAUUUUCAUAACCAUCCAUGCCUGAUAAAUGGUCUGCUAAGUGUGGAAGAAAGACCAAAUAGAUAAAGAGUUGCUUUUUUCAGAUUUAGACAAAUAGCAUCAAUAUAUCCUGUUACAUUUACAUUGUUAGUUAAUCAUUCAGCACUGACAGCUUUCACUUCCUGAGUCAGCUCAGUAAGCACAGUUUGGGCUUGUGCUGUAUGUUACAUUAUAGCUACAUCAUAUCUGUAUGUCAAGGUCAAAUAUCAACUGAGGCUAUUUUCCUUCCUGAACUUUAGUUACCAUUUUCAUUGUAUUUAUUUAGAAUUUCAAACUAAUAAGUGUUUGGUUUAUGCAUUUUUAUUGCAUAUACUUCAAAGAUAAUUUUUGGCAGUUCGUUGUCCAAGCUAAGCUAUUCAGAAAUGAUGUCUUUCUUAUAUGUGCACAUUCACAAUGGCAACCAGCGCUUUCCUUUGGACACAGUGAAGUUGGAGAUGGAUUUAAUGUAAAAAGAAUCAGGUUGGAUUAUCUGUGCCUUGGUUAAGCCAUCAUACUGUAAAAACAAUGAAAACAUUUUGUUUCUAAAUUCAUAGAAUAUUUUACACAAGGUGUGUAAUGUUAAGUCAGACAGGUUUAAAACAUUCAGUUAUCAAAACAUCAAAUCUUAGUAGUCCCAUUGGAAAUUUGCUAAUGCCUUGGGAAGAUAUCAGUUAUAAAUGGUAAAUGAACUGUAUUUAUUUAGUGCUUUCUCUAGUCUUCUGACCACUCAAAAUGCUUUUACAAUACAAGUCACAUUAACACACUGAUGGCAGAGUCUGCUAUGUAAAGCACCCAUUAUUGUAUUCUAUUCCCAUACUUACUCUACUGGCAUAACCACGAAGAGGGGCAGUUUUGGGGGUUAAGUGUCUUGCCCAAGGACACUUCAGAAUGUGGACAGCACUCCUGCUGUUGAGUCCCAACCUUCUGAUUGAGGGAACGGACUCUAUCAAUGAGCCACAGUUGCCACUUGUAAAAAAUUAUAAGUGCGCUUUAAUAGUUAAGUUGUCUUAAACUCUGAAAAUGAAUACUAUUUUUUGUUACUUUACCUGUCAAACUCACAUGAACAAGGAACCGAUGUUAAACUGAGUACGUGUACUAAAUCUACUAACUUGUGGCAGACUUGUAAAUGUCGAAUUUCAACGAUGGCAACAUAACAUGUUGAAACUGAAGCUUAUUUUGUAUAGCAAAGCAUGUACAGCUGUUUUUUCUAUGAACAAAUUAAGGUUCAAACAUUUUAAGAGAAGCUAAAUUUCAGUGGACCCUCUUCUGUCACUUACCGACAUAUCAUUGUAAGUGACAGCAAGUUACAUGUGGAUGUGUAAGCAAGCAUACAUACUGUGGCCUAAUAGUGUAAAUGGGAAAUAAACCUUUCUUUCUGAAGCUAAUGCUCAUUAACAGGUACAGGUACAGUUUUCUUCUGAAGACACUUUUCAUCAACAGUGACAAAAAAGAAAUCACAAUUGCAUUUCAUAUUGAUUCUGCUAACAUACAUGUCAAACAUUUAGUGUUACCGUCCUCUUAUUUCUCAGCUCUUCUCCACAUCCUAAACCAUCUUGUCAAUCCCUGACCCUUGUGUCUUAUACUUGACAUGUUCUAACAGUUCCUGUAUGAUUAUUUUUUUGAUGUAUGGUUAUUGUUUAUAUGGCAUAAUAUUACCCUUGCUAACACUGUUGAUAUGAAAUUAAAUAUAUGUCUCCUUUCCA